UUCAAUUUUUGUUGCUGGCUGAUCUCAAAGAUUCCGCAAUGAUGGCUGAGCCUUGGUUGCUGAGAAUCGGAAGCCAUGUGAGUUCCAAUCUCAAACAUGCUCUCCUCUUAGAAAAAUCCACCAAAAACAAGCAAGAAAUCCGCAACCAAACAUCGGGAACAAUAGGAAUUCUCUCGUUUGAGGUUGCGAAUGUGAUGUCAAAAACCGUUCGGCUUCACAAAUCCCUAACCAAUUCCGAGAUAUCCAAGCUCAAAAGCGAGAUUCUUAGCUUCGAUGGUGUAAAAAAACUAGUGUCCUCCGACGAGACCGAUCUUUUAGACCUCGCGCUUUCGGAGAAGCUGGAAGAGUUGAGUUUCAUCGCCGGCGUCGUCUCCAGGCUCGGGAAGAAGUCUACAAUCCCUCAGCUUCAAGGUUUUCAGCAUGUUUUUGGAGACAUAAUCACUGGAGCCAUUGAUGUGAGGGAAUUAGGGUUCUUAGUGAAAGAUAUGGACGCAAUGGUGCGAAAGAUGGAACGAUUUGUUAAUUCCACAGCCACGCUCUAUGGAGAAAUGGCUGUUUUGAAUGAAUUGGAGAUUGCAACGAAAAAAUUCCAGCAAAACCAGCACGAAGAAAGCAGAAAAGUUUUCGAGCAGAAAUUGAUUUGGCAGAUCCAAGAUGUGAGACACCUGAAGGAUGUUUCACUAUGGAAUCAAACUUACAACAAAAUCACGGAGAUGCUUGCAAGAACUGUGUGUACACUUUAUGCUCGAAUCUGUUCAGUUUUCAUUGAUUCGAUUUCCAGGAGACAUAUGUUCUCCAGUAGUUCUGUUUCAGUUGAAAGCUCAAGAUUAAAAUCAUGUACAAGUCUAGCUCAAAGAUCAGAUCAAAUUGAUGUGGGUAGUGUGAAAUCUUGUGGUGGUUCUAGUAAUUCAAGUUUAGUGGAGAAGAAGAUGGCCACCUUCAGGCCUCAGAUUCACCCAAGAAAGGGUGAGAUGAAUCUUUUUAAAGCUCAAGACUUCAAUUUUUCUUGUGGGUAUGGACCAGGGAGAUUGUUUAUGGAAUGUUUAAGCAUAAACACUUCAAAACUGGAUGAUUGUGAUGAUGCUUCUGUUCCAGUAAGUGAUAAUGAUCAAAGCAGCCACAUAUCAGGUCAUUGUAGUGUGUCAAGCAGCGGAAAGAAAGAGAUUAUGAAUCAUACCCGGGUUCCCACAAGUGUAGAUCACAAAAUGUUUAAGGGUAAUUUCAUAAAGAGUUGUACAACUGCUCAAAAGAGUAGAUCAAUGGCACGAGCUCCUCCAAACACAGUUGGAGGCUCUGCUUUAGCAUUGCAUUACGCUAAUGUUGUAAUCGUGAUUGAGAAAUUACUUCACUACCCACAUUUAGUUGGCGAAGAAGCUAGAGAUGAUUUGUAUCAAAUGUUACCAACGAGCUUAAGAUUGGGUUUAAAGAAAAGUUUGAAGUCUUAUGCAAAAGAUUUGGCUAUAUAUGAUGCCCCUCUUGCACAUGAUUGGAAAGACAGGCUUGAUGGGAUAUUAGCAUGGCUCGCACCCUUGGCACACAACAUGAUUCGUUGGCAAAAUGAGCGAAAUUUUGAACAACAGCAUAUUGUGUCAAGAACAAAUGUCCUUCUUCUGCAGACUUUGCAUUUUGCAGAUCGGGCAAAGACAGAGGCGGCCAUAUGUGAUCUUCUUGUGGGGUUAAAUUAUAUAUGUCGAUAUGAGCAUCAACAGAAUGCUUUAUUGGAUUGUGCAAGCAGUUUUGACUUUGAUGAUUGCACGGAUUGGCAAUUGCAAUACUGAUAUCUUCAUGGAUUUGCCAUUUCAGUGAGUUCUCGUUCUUUUGCUUUGCUUUCUAUACUGAAUGAUAACAUAGAAGAUAGUAGUUGUCCAAGAUAACGUAAAUAUCAGAGAUCUUGGGCUUGUAGAUGUUUGUAAUUACUAAUUAUCGUAUUGAUGAGGUUUUUUAUAUACUUUGGUUUAUACGGGCUUAGCCUUCAAAAUACAUAAAAAAUU